ACGAUACUUACGCUUAUCCUCCCUUCUUUAGAAUGUCUUCCGACUUCGCAACGACUGGCAAAGUGCUCGCCUCUCUUGCCACCGCCGCCCUUGCAUACGCUAUAUGGAAGGUGGCGAAGAUCCUCGUCGCGCCGUACCGAUCGAGUGUUCGCAACCUCCCCGGCCCGCCCAGUGCCAGCUGGAUUCUUGGGAGUGUUCGCGAUAUGGACGAGAGCAAUAACAACUUGGUGUUCGAAGUCUGGCGCAAACAAUACGGGCAAACCUUCAAGUACCAGGAGUGGCUGAACCUCCGAGACUACUGGAAUGACCAAAUCGCAAAAUCUGAUACAGCCGUCGAAGCGACUUUGGAUGUCAUCGGCCUCGCAGGCUUCAACUACCCGUUCAACGCACUCGACCCAGACGGCAAGCCGAAUGAACUCAACCAGGCGUUCACGUCGAUGUUCCAGAUGCUCGUCGGCUCGUCAUCUAUCAACUGGCUCCUGAUGCUCAAGUACGCGAUACCCGUUCUGCGCAUCUUCCCCGACAGCUUCGGCCGCGAGACAGCUGCCGCUCAGGCGGUCGCGCAGCGCGUCGGGAUGAAGCUCAUCCAGGAGAAGAAAGCGGAGGUGCUGCGAGCGGCCCGCGACCUCCUCACCACGGACAUCCCGGAGGACCGCAGGCUCUCUGACGAUGACGUGCUGGCGCGUGAAUUCUUCAUCGCUGGGCAUGAGACCACGAGCUUUGGUACUGCAUGGUGCUUGUGGGCGCUCGCUCGGGCGCAAGAUGUCCAACAGAAGCUCCGCGAUGAGCUCCUUGACACCCUCCGUGUGCAUGCGCCCGUUCGUGCUACCGGAAGAACGGCUACGAAGGACGACAUACUGCCCCUCAGUGAACCUGUGAUCGACCAGAAUGGACGGGUCCACGAAUAUAUAGAGAUCGAUGAAGGUACGGAUAUCACGAUCUCUAUACUGGGCAUCAACAUGUCCAAGGCUUUGUGGGGCGAUGACGCUGCCGAGUUCAAGCCCGAGAGAUGGGAAAAGCCACCGGAAGCAAUCCAAGGUAUCCCCGGCGUCUGGGGAAAUAUGUUGACGUUCUUUGGCGGUCCACAUGCAUGCAUUGGAUAUCGUUUCGCGCUCGCAGAGAUGAAAGCCCUACUCUUCGUUCUCGUGCGCGCAUUCGUCUUCGAGCUGGCGCUUCCGGUCGAGGACAUCAUCAAGAAGAACGCCAUCGUGCAGCGCCCGUACGUACGGGACAAGGUUGACCAGGGUAGCCAACUCCCUUUAGUUGUUAAGCCAUACUAUCAGCGUAUGUAGCUGCCUGCCUGUUGAUCUCAUUUACUCGGGUUGCUGUGAUGUUC